AACUGGUUUGCUCGGCAGGUCGCUGGUGCUGCAGCUGCUGGAACAUCUACAGCUAUAACGGAGGAGAAGUAACUCAUUGAAAAGGAAUAACGCGGCUUUUGGCUGCAGGCGUUCACACUUAAAGAGAGGAACCAAGUCCUUCGUCCAUGGCCAGUCCGGCUGCAGAUUUUGGACAGUCUCAUCAGCAUCCCCCUGUCACACAGUCGGCCGCCGACUCUGCGUUUCUGGAGGCGCAGAAAUGGAUAGAGGCUGCGACUGGACGGUGUUUUGGUGAAAAGGAUUUCCGAGGAGGCUUGGAGAACGGGAUUCUACUGUGCGAGUUACUGAGCUCCAUUAGACCUGGCUUGGUAAAGAAAAUUAACCGACUGCAAACACCAAUAGCUGGCCUGGACAACCUGAGUGUUUUUCUGCGAGGCUGUGAGGAGUUAGGACUGAAAGGCUCCCAGCUGUUUGACCCUGGAGACCUGCAGGACACAUCGACACGUCCUGCUGCAAAGGGAAGCGACGGCAGCCGAAGACUCAAGAAUGUUUUAAUCACAAUCUACUGGCUCGGUCGUGCUGCCAACAGCUGCACCUCCUACAACGGGCCCACGCUGGACCUAAAAGAGUUUGAGGGCUUGCUGUCACAAAUGCGAAAGGAGGCAGAGACAGUAGAAAGUCCUCAACGCAGCAUUCGGGACAGCGGCUACAUUGACUGCUGGGACUCGGAACGCAGUGACUCCCUCUCUCCGCCACGCCACGGACGAGAAGAUUCAUUUGACAGCCUGGACUCCUUCGGCUCGCGCUCGCAGCAGACUCCGUCACCGGACGUCCUGGUCCCACGCGGCAGCAGUGAUGACCAUGGCAGUGACUCAGAGUCCGAUGGCACACCUAACAGGAAGAUGCCGGACCUUCACAAGGACGACAUGUUGGCGCGUCGCACAUCAGUCACAGAGCUGCGGACCGCCAUGCCUUUUAACCAGUACCUACCCAACAGGAGCAACCAGAGCGGAUAUGUUCCAGCUCCACUUCGCAAAAAAAAGAAUGACAAGGAAGAUGGAGGGCGCCAGACCUGCAGUACUGCAACCUCACCUGUAGGAGGAGACAGACCUUGUAGUCCAAAAGAAAGCCCUGUCUUAGUCCUCCCACUUAGAGAGUCCCAUAGCCCUUCUCCCACUCCACACAUUGAACCACAGAUUCAAGAGAACAAGAGCGAAGACGAUGAGAGGGAUGUAAAGCUGAGUGCUUCCUCACCUUGCAUUGUGAUCCAUGCUGUGGGAAUAAGAAGGAGCAGUGAGCCUCUACGAUGUGGCCUCUACCAGGCCAACUCGGAGCCCCCUAGGGAAACCAUCACUCAGCUAAAGGGCACCUCUGAACAAAGGAGUGUGAGUAUGAAUGACAUGCGUGGUGAAGAGGAGGCGCUUCGGCAGCCACAUAGUCACGUCCGUCAUGAGCGGAUGCACAACCAGUACAACAGAAUGAGAGAAGACGAGAAUCACUGGCAGGAGGACCUGGCCCGAUGGAAAAGUAGAAGGAGGAGUGUCUCUCAGGACCUGAUUAAGAAAGAGGAGGAGAGGAAAAUGAUGGAGCGACUGAUGUCAGGAGACGGAUAUAUCUCUCAAAGGAGAAAAAGCAUCAAAACUUACCGAGAAAUUGUGGAAGAGAAGGAGCGUCGUGAAGAGGAGCUACGAGAGGCUUACAGGAAAGCCAGAACUCCAGAGGAGGCAUCUGCUGUUCUCCAACGUUACGCCCAACGUUUCUCCAUCAGCGAGGCCGUACUGGAGCGCCUGCAGUUGCCGAAGCUUCUAGACCGCAGCGUAUCAGCUGAUCCCUCCUUUCCCAUCUCGCCCCUUUCCCUCUCGCUCUCCUCCUCCCCUACAACCCCGGACCCCUUCGACGAAGACCCCAGCGGGCCCCUGAGGUAUCUGCGGCAGCAGUCAGCUCCACUGCCAAGGUUUACAUCCACGCUGGAGGCACAAAUUGAAGAGUUUCCCAAAGAUUCAACCUCACUCCAUCGGCCUCAGAUUCGCUCUCGCUCAUCUGAACCGCCAUCCACCCGAGCCCUGUCACCCAAACCCGUGCCUUUGCUGUCACCCAAGCCUUACUUUCAACCUCAACAGUUGGCAUCUGAAAAGCAGAGUAGUAAGGUGGAUGGUUUGCUAACAGUGAAUGGCGAUAUUGGAAAUAAUUCCGAGUCUAAAGCAAGGGAAUCCCCUCCCCUAUUCCUGCCAUCGCCAUCCCUGUCUGGAAAUGGCACUUUGGAUGCUCCCUCAUCAGAUGCCUCGCCUGCUCGAUGUCUGCCAGCCACCCCUGAAAGACGAAGUCAAGGGUCAACAAAGGACACCGACCGACCGUACAACACAGGAUCAGCCACACGAGAUUUUAAAGAGGAGAAAAUCACUGAGUGUUUAUCAUCUCCCAUUCGGCCUACUACUCUUCCAGAGGAGUUAAGGCAGCCUGAGGACAGCUUUGGGGAGGCAGGAGGUCAGACAGAUGCUGCUCAACAGGAAGAAAAGACCUAUCCUGCAGUUCAUCAGCAGUCAACUACAGCUAAACCAGAGAAGACUGAACUUUCCAGUGAGAACCUACAGCAGAUCUUUCCAACUGAGGUUGAUACAAUAAAAAAUAAGGCUAUAGCAUCAAUGGGGUCUUUUCAGAGAAUGGAGAUGGCACCGCCCUCGGCUGCACCCGGAUCGCUUGGAUAUAUACCUCCAAAAGAAGUAGCAUCAGAGUUUGAAAUCAGUGUGAGGUCCCUGCAGACCUCCAGCAACCCUAAGUCACGCUGGGAAUUCUUCGCUCCGCCAGACGCUUCCAAGAAGAAUCAACAUGGAAAUGAGAAGUACCAGCGUGAGCAGGAGAAACUGAAGGAGGAGUGGGAGAAAGCACAGAGGGAGGUGGUGGAGGAAGAAAGGAAGUAUCAUGAGGAGGAGCGUAAGAUACUGGAAGAAACUGUAAUGCCUUUGACACCCCGCUCCUCAGCCCUGCCCUCCCCCAGCCGAGGGGGCCUCUCCUCCACCUCUGAGCCACAGGACACGAUUGUCCGUUCGCUGGCAGAUUGGGAACGAAAACAAGAGCUACUAGAGAGGCAGUCUAGAGGAAGCACUGAGAGUGCAGAGAGGAAAAUGAGAGAAAACGACAGAACUAGUGACAUCAGCACUGCUGACGACAGCAUGAAUACUGGCAGAAGCAUGGUGAGCCAGAGCAGCAGUCAGGCAGAAAAACGUGCUCAAAGUGUUCCCAAAAGCCAAACGCUUCCUCCUACAUCAGCCAAAUGCUCAACGCCAGAUAAGAAGCAAUCAGCUCCCGCUACCGAUAGCACCAGACCCAGUCGGUCAGCAGGAGAGAGAAGGUGCAGCCCCACUGAUAAUGAUAAAGGACGCGGCUCAUCAAAGCCCAUCGCAUCAUGUCCAUCAGAACCAGACACAUUACCCCCACCGCCCAACAGGUCUGUCAGUGGGAGGAAGCUAUGCUCCAGCUGCGGACAGCCUCUAGGAAAGGGAGCAGCCAUGAUCAUAGAGACACUAAGCCUCUACUUUCACAUCCACUGCUUCAAGUGCGGGGUGUGUAAAGGACAGUUAGGCGACACAACCACAGGGACAGAUGUCCGGAUAAGAAAUGGCCUCCUCAACUGCAACCAAUGCUACAUCCGUUCCCGAUCCGCUGGACAGCCGACCACAUUGUGAUGCAGUGAAAAAAAGCACAAGGUUUGCAGAAGAAAGCCUCAUCCUCGUUUUAACCAGAUUAGCCACCAAUCACGUCCUCCGCAGCCUGUUGGGAUGUAUGCUUCCACCGCAGCUCUGUGACCACUGAAGAUCUAUCAUUUGGGCCAAAUAGGGAUCAGGGGACUGAUAAAUGUUUAAAUCAAAAACAUAUAUUCUCUGUGUUCAUGUCAUCUGCUACAUGAGUGAAGUCUGAAUUCUAUUGGGCCUCAUCCAUCCACAAAGCUUGCUUCAUCGUGCAGCGAGUUUGUUCUAAGGCGGCAGCCAUGUUGAAAAGACAACACAUAGAGCUCACCAACACAGUGAUUCAGACCACUUUACAUACUGGAAAAAAAUAGUAUUAAUUUUUCUUAUUACAGAUGAGAUAAAAAAGAUGUGAUGCAAUUAAUUACAGUUUAAAGAUUUAUGUUGGUUUGUUUUUCAUGUUAUUUUUUUUUUAAAUAUGGAAAUUAAUACAAAGUAUUUCCCCUUCAGGUAAAUAACAGUAAAAUGUAAAUACACAAUUGGGAAACUGUAAUAAAGUAAAAAAAAAAAAAAAACAUAUUUAGGAAUUCAAAUACAUAUGAAAAAUUAUUUUUAAAAGAGCUUUUCUAUGGAGAAUGAGAUAAGGUUUAAAUUAAAAAUGAGAACAGAUUCAGGCUGAUAUUGAAGGCAAUAACAAAGUUGUGAGCUUGUUUUGAGCUGUUGGUUGCAGCAGAUGGUUUUAUUCAGUCUGUCUUGUUUAGCCAACACUGUAAUGUGCCUUAGGACAGUGAAAGGAUGCAGGAAACAAAGCGUCAGAUGAGUGCUUCUUAUUUCCCCACUAUUUUUAAUUUUCGCUAAGAGUGAUUUGGUCAGAAUAAAACUAGGAAAGGUGAGAAAGUUCAACUACAUUAUUUUAUCAUCUCCUUAAUCAUUACUGUUUAUUUUCUUUUCAUCAUACAGUACUUGAUAUCAUCAUUUCUGUUUGAUCGCCUUGUUUUCUGUAAUUGUAAAUGAUGAAAUAAAAAAAGCUAAAUAAAAACCAUGUGUACUCCACAUGACAGGGCGAAUAAGGGUUCAAUUUUGAAUGUUUUUGAUAUUGAAUGUGUGAGAAUCAGACUUGUUUUGAUAAUUUCUCAGCUGUACCGUUCAUUUAUGCACCUGAAAAAAAGUUGAAACUGAAACAUCUGUAGUAUCUGAAACAUCUGUCGUCAGCAGAGGUAAUAUGAAUACAUACCAGCAGAAGCUUCACUUGUGCAAUGUUCAGUUGGUUUAAACUCCUGCCAGCUCCAAAUUUAAGACUUGUUAAGAGCUUCCUAAUUUGUUGUGGGUAUGUUGAAAAAAAUGCAUGUUUAAAACCAAAUGAUUUGCUGUAUGAAUGCAAACCAGCCUAUAUCUCCUUGUGCUUAAACCGGCUUCACCUCUGGAGUCAUCUCUCACUUUCUCUGAACCGCAGUAUUUUUAAGAUUUUUUUUCCGACUGUAUUUUUUUUUUCUAUUUUUAGCACUUAUUUAGCUAAUGUGUAAAAUCCAUGUUGAGUCUUUUAUAGCAGGAACUAUGAGUCCAAGCUCUUGUCCCAGAGGGUUUUAAUAGGACAAUAGGGGAAUGGAAACCUUUUUGCAUCUGUACUGUAUUUAUUGUAUAAUAGCCUAUUCAGCUUGAACGUUAUUCAGAAUAUAGUUUCAUUUGAUGUUUUAAUGCAAUAGCAUUUAUUAUUACAUCACUGUAUGUUUAUAAAUAAAUAUAAAUGGACAUAAAAAUGUUUCUUUAUUGUAAUACGAGUGGCUGAUUUCUGGAAGUUUUUGUGAACUUGUGGAUAAAUCGUUGUCAGCUCAUAUUUACCAUAA